CUGGUUGGUUCAGCUCCAAAUUUUCCACACGGCAUUGCUGAUUCGUUGGAGCGUAUAUCUGACCUGGGUGCGAAGUACAACAUUCCGGUACACGUCGACUGCUGUCUGGGCGGCUUUCUGCUGCCGUUUAUGGAAAAAGCCGGUUUUGAGAUGGACGAGAUGUUCGACUUCCGUCUUCGAGGCGUCACCAGCAUCUCGUGCGAUACCCACAAGUACGGCUUCGCACCAAAGGGCACGUCGGUGCUGAUUUACCGGCACGAGAAACUUCUUCACCACCAGUUCUUCUGCCAGCCUGAUUGGAUGGGCGGCAUCUACGCGUCGUCUACUUUGGCCGGCAGUCGUUCCGGUGCAAACAUCGCUGCUUGCUGGGCUACUAUGAUGCAUUUUGGAAUCGAGGGAUACGUCGAAACGACAAAGAAGAUAAUCGAUACCACUCGAAUGAUUGAAAAGCGACUGAGAGCGAUUCAGGGAAUACACGUCAUCGGCAGUCCGAAGCUGAGCGUGUUGGCUUUUACGUCGUCGUUGUUCAACAUAUACGCAUUAUCCUCUCGAAUGAGCAAACGAGGAUGGAGUCUCACAAUCCUGCAGAGUCCACCUGCGGUUCAUUUAUGUGUGACAAUGAAUCAUACGAGAGCGAAUGUUGCUGAAGAGUUCUUAAGCGACAUCGAGCAGGUGGCUACCGAACUUGUCGAAAAACCUGACAACACCGUUGAAGGAACGUUGUCUCUGGCAGCCUAUCUUUGCCCAUGUCUGUUGAAGAUUUUACGAGAUGAAUGA